AUGGGUCCGUCGCUUUCCAUCCUGACAACAAUUAUCCUGCGCUAUUCAUUCGUCCAAGCCUACAACGAGAUGAUGUUCACAGAACCUCUCAUCGCGGCUGGUGAAUCGUUCACGCUCACUUGGACAAAUUCCUCCUCCUACAUUGUCAAUAUUUGGCUAUUCACUGUCGGCGAGGGAGUCAAUGACUAUCUAGUGGACGAGCUUGCGCAUUCGAUACCUGCCUCCGACCAAGAAAUGACUCUCAUUAUACCGCCCAGCCUCGUUCAUGCAGACGCUGCCUACUACUUCGUGAUUCUGGCUGUUCCAGAAGCAGAAUGGAGCCCGCCGUCUGCCAACUUCUACAUGUCCGGCGCUGAGGGGGAGACUAGUACCGCAUCUGCGGCUGAUACUACGACAGGGACACCGGUAGCUUCUGCAAGCAGCCCAGCAGCCGAUCAAUCUUCAGCCAGCAAUGCAGAAGCCACGGACUCAUCGCAACAGGAUCCAGAUUCUGGUGUGCCUACUGGUGCCGUCGCGGGUUUAGCAGUCGGUUGUACAAUGGCGGGAAUUCAGAUAGGAAUGAUGAUAUCCGGUGGGGUAUUCACGCAUCGGGUCAUAAGAGUGAUGAGGAGGAGGAGGUUGAUGACAGAUAGAGCGGUCCAAGCAUCAACAGACGACUUCAAUGAAGAGAAGACUGCAACGCAAACCGAUACACAGCAUAUGAGAGACAUCUAUUCGGGGACAACGGGCCAAGAUGGAUUCUGGGUAAUGGACCCACAUACGAGUCGUCCCAUACCAGAAGUCCAGGGCGAUUCGAGACAAUUGUGA